AUGGAAUCUUUUCUACAUGCAUUUGAGGAAACAUCAGCGUCAUCGCCAUUAGAAAAUAAAUCUGUACGAAUAAGUGCAAUACCUAGUCCUACAAAAAUAAUAUCGGAACAACACAGUCCGGUGGGUAGAAAUGUUUCAAAAACUCCAGAGAAACGCACUUCCGAUGAAAAACCUGGAAGUUUAAAAUUGGAUACGUCGUUGAAAGAUUUUUUAUUCAAUAUAUCGAACAAUCCUGCUGUAAAGAAAACAAAUGAGAAUAAAAGCUUACAAGAUAUAGAGGAAUGCAAGACUCUUUACAUAGAAAUAUUAGAAAAAGUUUUUUAUGCCUUUGACAGAAUACCAAAGAAAACAAAAGAAGCAUUACCUGGAUAUAAUAGUAGCAUAUAUUCACAGCUUACAUUAUGGAGAAAUACAUUGAAAUCAGCAAUAAAACAGACAACUAGUAAAAACACAAGUCCACACCAACAAACCACCAGAAUGCCAAAUCACCAAAGUGACCAAAUCACUAAAGCUGAUUUAUUAAACGAAGAUUAUGACUUGAAAGAUUUUAUGACAAAAACUGGUCUGAUUUCUAAUGUAAAAUCUGUCGAGGUAGAACGAACACAAGCAGACAGAUGUACUUUUAGUUAUGAUAUUGGACCUAGCAGUUCAGCAUUAUCAGUCAAAUCGGGGAAUAAACCGAAGCUUUUUGGUCUUUCUAAUCCGGUAAUAAAUUUAGAUGCAACUACUGAGUCUGAUGCCGACAACUUGGACACAUCCUCAAAUGUUAAAGGAAAGGGUAAAUUUGUAUUCAAGAGACCAUCGCGAAUUAUCACUGAGGAGUCUAAUAACAAAUCAAUAGAAAGUUCCAUAAUUUCAAGUACUGCCGAAAGAGCAAAGAAUGCAUUAGAAACUUUAAAGCCUUUAGUAGAAGGAGAGCCAAAAGUGUUGCCAGUACCAAAUAGUUCUGUAAACUAUCAGCCUCCUCAAUUAAGUAGAAGCUCCUUACUUUCUACCAAUACCAUUGUAAAUGAACCACUCAAUGAUGUUGAUUCCCUAUUGGAUGAAGAGGAAACGGAUGUAUACUCAGUACCAGGUGAUAUAGAUGUUGAUGUUGAAUUUACAGAUGUAUCAACCGAUUCUAUUGUUAUUGAAAGUGAUCAUAGUGAAGUUGCGGAAGUUGUAAACAAUAAAGAGACACCAGUAGAUGAGAACAUUUGUCCAGAAUACACGAUGGAAGAUUUUGAAGAUGGCAACAUGGAUUCAGAUAGCAAAAAAUCAGAGGUAAAGGUUUUGAUGAAGACAUCAUUAGGGGAAAAGGAUAAUAAACCCAAAUAUGAGGGAAUGGGCGACUUCAUUGAAGACACUAAAAAUGAUGGUAUCACAGGUGAAUUUGAUGGUUUGAACUACCCACACUCGCCGCAGAUGAUGGAGGUGUUCAAGGAGAAGUUUGGGCUCAGUACAUUUCGUCCCAACCAGCUGCAGGUGAUAAACGCGACGCUACUCGGACACGACUGCUUCGUUCUGAUGCCCACUGGAGGAGGCAAGUCCCUGUGUUACCAACUACCUGCGUUGUUGACACCAGGCGUGACGAUCGUGAUAUCGCCACUCAAGUCGCUUAUACUGGACCAGGUCAACAAGUUGCUGUCCCUAGAUAUCCCGGCAGCACACUUGAGCGGCGAUAUGAGCGCUGCGGAAGCAGACGAGGUGUACCACAAGCUGUCGAUGCGCGAGCCGCUACUGAAGCUGCUCUACGUUACCCCGGAGAAGAUCUGCAGCUCGCCCAAGUUCCAAGAUGUCCUCACCGCUCUCUACUCGAGGGAUAAGAUCGCUAGGUUCGUGGUAGACGAGGCGCACUGCGUGUCGGCGUGGGGGCACGACUUCCGGCCCGACUACAAGCGACUGCACGAACUGCGGCGGAGGUUCCCGCGCCCUCCCCUCAUGGCGCUCACAGCCACCGCCACUCUGCGCGUGCGCGUCGACAUCCUCCAUCAGCUACAGGUGACCAAAUGCAAAUGGUUCAUGUGCAGCUUCAAUCGGCCGAACCUCAUUUACAAGAUACUGAAGAAGAAAGCAAAAACAGUCAACGACGAAGUUGCUGCGGUUAUCAAGGAGAAGUAUUUCAGACAGUCGGGCAUCGUGUACUGCCUGUCGCGCAAGGAGUGCGACGAGCUGGCGACGUCGCUGCAGCGCGUGGGGCUGCAGGCGGCCUCCUACCACGCCGGGCUCUCCGACAAGCAGCGCGGGGCCGUGCAGGCCGCCUGGCUCGCGGACAGGCACAAGGUGAUCUGUGCGACGAUAGCGUUCGGCAUGGGCGUGGACAAGGCGGACGUGCGGUUCGUGAUCCACCACAGCCUGCCCAAGUCGGUGGAGGGCUACUACCAGGAGGCGGGCCGCGCCGGCCGGGACGGCGAACCUGCACUCUGCCUGCUCUACUACUCCUAUGGCGACGUCGUGCGCUAUCGCCGCCUGCUGGCCAGGGAGCAGAACACGACAGAGGACACACGACGUGUGCACGAGGAGAACCUGGCGCGGAUGGUGGAGGUGUGCGACAGUGUGGCCGAGUGUCGCCGCGCGCUAGUGCUCGGCUACCUCGGGGAGCGGUACGACCGCCGACACUGCCUCGCCGCCGCCGCCUGCGACAACUGCCGCGCGCAGCAUCGGUUCAAGGUACCCGGUUCUAUUCUCCACUCGCCUACCUCGGGGAGCGGUACGACCGCCGACACUGCCUCGCCGCCGCCGCCUGCGACAACUGCCGCGCGCAGCAUCGGUUCAAGGUACCCGGUUCUAUUCUCCACUCGCCUACCUCGGGGAGCGGUACGACCGCCGACACUGCCUCGCCGCCGCCGCCUGCGACAACUGCCGCGCGCAGCAUCGGUUCAAGGUACCCGGUUCUAUUCUCCACUCGCCUACCUCGGGGAGCGGUACGACCGCCGACACUGCCUCGCCGCCGCCGCCUGCGACAACUGCCGCGCGCAGCAUCGGUUCAAGCCGGUGGACGUGACGGAGGAUUCGUGUGCGAUCGUGAGCUGCGUGCAGUCGUACAGCGCGCGCUACACACUGAUACAGCUCGCGGCCGCGCUGCGAGGCUCUCGACAACGACGGCUCUCCGCACUCACACAACACUCCAUACACGGACGAUGCAAGUCGUGGAACGUGAACGACGUGCAGCGCCUGCUGCGACACCUGGUGGGGCGCGGACUGCUGCACGAGCGGGUGGUCGUCAACAACGACAUGGCCAGCGCCUACCUCCAGCCCGGACCGCACGCGCACAAAUUGAUGUCGAAGGGGCAACGCGUAUUGUUCCCGAUGAACUGCGAGGAGAAGACGAGAGACGACGGCAGUGUGGCGCGCGGUGGAGACACGGGACAGUCUCCCGUACACGCGCUGCUGCAGCGCAUACAGGAGCGGUGCUACGCCGACCUGGUGGAGGCCUGCAGGGAGAUGGGCGAGGCGCGUGGGGUGACGCUGACGGCGGUGCUGCCGCAGGCUGCUCUGAAGGCGAUGAGUUCUCAGCUGCCGGAGACGUCGGAGGCCCUGCUGUCGUUGCCGCACAUCACGCGCGCCAACUACGACAAGUACGGAGCCGCGCUGCUCAAGAUCACCUCCACUUACGCCAACGAGAAGUGGGGGGUUCUUAUGCAGCACGAGGAUGAGCUGGAUGUGAAAGAGAAGUCGGAGCCAGGGCCGAGCAGCAGUCACGGCUCGUCGUCCGCGUCCGGUUCUCGAGCCAGGAGGACUUACAGCGGCGGCGUCAGGAGGAAGUACAAACACAAGCAGACGUCAGACUUGAAGAAGAAAGUUGUAAGAGAGGCCGCGCGUGGCAGGGGGCGCGAGGGGCGCGCCAACGCCACACCGAGCGGAAGCAACUUUGGCAAUAAGCUCGGAAGCAUGCCGGUACUGCGGCCUAACAUGACCAACACCUGGACAGACUUGGCCGACAUCCGACUAAACAUAGAAGAACUCAUGCCAAACAUAGCCAACGUCCGGCUAAACAUGGCCAACAUCCGGCCAAACGUGGCCAACAUCCGGCCAAACGUGGCCAACAUCCGGCCAAACAUGGCCAACAUCCGGCCAAACGUAGCCAACCACCAACAACCAACCAACAACCAGCCUGAGCCUGCAAUUGAAAUACAACCAGCAAACUGUGCUCAAAGACCGAAUGCCGCGGCUUACAAAAACCCUCCCUUUUAUACAGAGAAGAUAUGAGUGGGGGUUAUAUGCAACUAGUUUAACGAUACCGAGUAAUAAUGAAACUACCUUCUUUUAAUAUAAAAUAUCAGAUAUCUCGAAAAUAUCCAUGUGA